AUGAUAACCGAGCGGCCAGAGGGGACUGGUGCAUCUCCUGCCGAGCAGCCAGAGGAGGCUGGUGACUCACCAGCAAAGCAGCCAGAGGGGGCUGGAGCCUCUCCAGGCGAACAGCCAGAGGGGGCUGGUGCCUCACCAGCCGAGCAGCCAGAGGGGGCUGGUGCCUGUCCAGCCGAGCAGCCAGAGGGGCCUGGUGCCUUUAUAGCCGAGCAGCCAGAGAGGGCUGGUGCCUCUCCAGUUGAUCAGCCAGAGGGGGCUGGUGCCUCUCCAGUUGAUCAGCCAGAGGGGGCUGGUGCCUCUCCAGUUGAUCAGCCAGAGGGGGCUGGUGCCUCUACAGGCGAACAGCCAGAGGGGGCUGGUGCCUCUCCAGCCGAGCAGCCAGAGGGGGCUCGUGCCUGUCCAGCUGAGCAGCCAGAGGGGCCUGGUGCUCUCCAGCCAAGCAGCCAGAGGGGGCUGGUGCCUGUCAGGCCGAGCAGCCAGAGGGGCCUGGUGCCUUUCCAGCCGAGCAGCCAGAGGGGGCUGGUGACUCUCCAGUUGAUCAGCCAGAGGGGGCUGGUGCCUCUCCAGGCGAACAGCCAGAGGGGGCUGGUGCCUGUCCAGCCGAGCAGCCAGACGGGCCUGGUGCCUCUCCAGCUGAGCAGCCAGAGGGGGCUGGUGCCUUUCCAGCCGAGCAGCCAGAGGGGGCUGGUGGCUCUCCAGCCGAGCAGCCAGAGGGGGCUGGUGCCUCUCCAGCCAAGCAGCCAGAGGGGGCUGGUGCCUCUCCAGCUGAGCAGCCAGAGGGGGCUGGUGCCUCUCCAGGCGAACAGCCAGAGGGGGCUGGUGCCUCUCCAGCAGAGCAGCCAGAGGGGCCGAGCAGCCAGAGGGGCCUGGUGCUCUCCAGCCAAGCAGCCAGAGGGGGACGGUGCCCCUCCAGCUGAGCAGCCAGAGGGGGCUGGUGCCUCUCCAGGCGAACAGCCAGAGGGGGCUGGUGCCUCACCAGCAGAGCAGCCAGAGGGGGCUGGUGCCUCUCCAGCCGAGCAGACAGAGGGGGCUGGUGCCUCUCCAGCCGAGCAGCUGGACGGGGCUGGUGCCUCUCCCGCCGAGCAGCCAGAGGGGGCUGGUGCCUCUCCAGUUGAUCAGACAGAGGGGGCUGGUGCCUCUCCAGCCGAGCAGCCAGAGGGGCUGGUGCCUCUCCAGCCGAGCAGCCAGAGGGCGCUGGUGCCUCUCCAGCUGAGCAGCCAGAGGGGGCUCGUGCCUGUCCAGCCGAGCAGCCAGAGGGGGCUGGUGCCUCUCCAGGUGAUCAGCCAGAGGGGGCUGGUGCCUCUCCAGCCGAGCAGCCAGAGGGGCUGGAGCCUCUCCAGCCAAGUAGCCAGAGGGGGCUGA